AUGAUUAUUAUUCUAAUUAUAUCACUAAUAUAGUUAGCUAUAUCAAAAAACUAAUAUUAUCUUGAUCUAUCUAAAUUUUCUUAUUUAAAUAUCGGCACAUUAUAAAAUAAGAAACUGGUGAAAAAUUAUAUCAAAAUAGUUUUACUUAAUUUUGAUUUAUAUAUUAUCAAACAUAAUUAAGGUAGCCAUUGUGAUCAAGUAUGUAGUAACCCUAAAGAACCAUUAAAUUACAGUGUACAUUUCGUUAGUAAAUAAUAAGGUACACAUUGA